CAGCAGCUGCAAAAGCAUUUAACAGUAUUCCAUGAACAAUGACACUUGGGGUGUCGAGGGCCUGAACAACACAGAGAUUGGGGGACCGCUCUGUUGUAGUUCAACAGGAAGCCCCUGUGGAUACUUAUGUUUCAUUUUCUGCCUGUUUGACUGGACAAAAGUCAAGAAAAAUGUACUGCUGUAAAACUUGGGACCUUUGAGGACAGCAUGUGGUAGCAUGUUUCUGAAUCUGAAGUCAACUUGGGACAUUACUCAGCCUUCAGGAGACGGGCGGCAUUGCCUCUUAACUCGGACGGAGAUUGCAAAUGCGGAAUGUAUGUUGACGGUCGUUCCUGGCGACUGAAGCGAGAAACCUGCAGUGUGGAAGUUGGUUGGUCUUGCACCAGUGAAUAGCCACUUACUGGUCUCCUGAAUUGCUUAAGUAAGAAGCAGCAAUGGAUGUUUUUGGUGGUGCGCCACGUUUCUUAGCCUACCCAAGACCUGUAGUGGUACAAAGCGGCACUGAUGCAGUGCUUAAGUGUCAGAUUGGUGGUGAUCCAAGGCCUGCCGUUAUCUGGGAGAGAAGCAAUGAAAAGAUUGACCAACAAGGACGAUAUAGGGUCUUUGAGGAUGGCAAUGUUUACAAUCUCAUCAUCUCAGCUGUCACAGCUGAGGAUAGUGGACAGUACAUAUGCAAAGCAAAAAAUUGCAUCGGGGAAACCUAUGCAGCUGCCACGCUGAAGGUGGAAGGUGAAGCGCAAGAGAUGGAGUUGCGGGAGGAAAAUAAGCCACGAUUCCUCAUCAAGCCCCUCUCCACUCGUGUUGGUCGUGGGGAAGAUGCUGUCUUCUCUUGUAAGCUUUGGGGAAACCCAAAGCCAGAGGUUAUCUGGGAAAAAGACGGUAGAAGACUCAAUGAAAUAUUUGAAAGCACACAUUUCAGUGUAGGCUACCAGGAUGGUGGAUGGUUCCAGCUCAAGAUCUUUAAGACCCGUGCUCCUGAUGGUGGUGUAUACACAUGCAAGGCAAGAAAUGAAUUUGGGGAAGCGCUAGCAGGAGCUGUGUUGCUUGUUGAUGCAGGUCCAGGACAUGAAGAAGAAGGAAAUCGCAACGGCUACAUAAAUGGCCACUGGAAAGUCCAUCAGGGAAAACAAAGGAGUGGCAGGCAACUGCCAAACCGCCUAAAAGACGACAGCAUGACCAAGUCAACAAAAGUAAAAAUGUUUGCUGUGACAGAGGGCAAACAUGCCAAAUUCCGUUGCUUUGUGACUGGUAAACCCAAACCAGAAAUAAUUUGGAGGAAAGAUGGUAGACUCAUACUGUCUGGAAGGCGUUAUUUGUUAUAUGAAGACAGAGAAGGCUACUUCACACUUAAAGUUCUUUAUUGUAAGCAAAAGGAUAACGGAGUUUAUGUUUGCGCCGCAUCAAAUACUGCUGGGCAAACCCUCAGUGCUGUACACCUCUCUGUCAAGGAGCCGCCUGUGCGGUUCAAGCAGCCUCUCAUUGAUCUUGAAGUAUGGGAGCGGGAUUUGGCUGUUCUCGAGUGUGAAGUUCCAGAGGACUCGGUUCCCAUCACAUGGUAUCUGGAGGAUAGACGACUGCAACCAGGGGCCAAAUAUGGAAUGGAGGAGUGGGGAACGAAACGACGACUGACAAUUCGCGACAUCGGAGUUGAUGAUGAUGGGAUUUACCUCUGCGAGAUGCCUGAUGGGGGCAGAAGCAUUGCAGAGGUAGCUGUAAAAGGCACAAUUUUGCGGAAGCUUCCAAGAAAAGUGGAUGUCUUGGAAGGUGAAAAUGCUGCCUUUUGUGUUGAAGUAGAAAAAGAAGAGAUGGAUAUACAUUGGUACAAAGAUGGCUUAGAGCUGCGUGAAACCCAUCAGACCAUUAUUAAAUCCUUUGGUCGAACUCACAUCCUGGUUUUCGUCAACACAAUGCCCCAGGACUCUGGCCUCGUGACUUUCCUUGUAGGCAGAUCCAAGACUUCCUCUCAGCUAAGAGUGAAAUCGGCCAGACAUUGUCCACCUAGCUGUCCAGUGGCUGUGCAGAUCAACACAGAGCGUGCUAAUGCAGCUCUUCUCUCGUGGGUUCCUGCUCAGGACUCACGAAAGAAUCCUCCCUCUGGAUAUGUGCUUGAACGCCAAGAGGUGGGCACUGGUUCGCAAGAAUGGCUUCAGUGUCUGACCACCGAUUCUGCAACCUCUGUGGAGAUCCUUGGUGACAGUGUCCCUUGUGAGGCGGAUUACCGCUUUCGUAUUUGCAGCGUCAACAAAUAUGGGAAAAGCAAUAAUGUUGAAUUCCCUAAAACUGUUCACUUAGUUCCUGUGGCCAGAAUACAAGCUCCCUUACAGGAUGCCUUGGUGCCAGAGGGGCAAGACGCCCUCUUCUCUAUUGAGCUUUCUGCUUCAGUUAUUGGUACAUGGUUCUUAAAUGGGACUCAGCUUCAGGAAGAUGAGCGGUAUUCCAUGCGUCGGUCACGAGCACACCAAUCUCUCCGCAUUCGAGGAGUACGUGAUACAGAUAAUGGAGCUGAGAUUACAUUCAUUGCCUAUGGCAUCCGUGAUUCUGCAGCACUGUACAUUCAAGCUCCUCUUGUCAAGUUUUUCCCAUUGUCAGAGAUGGAUCGAAAUAAAUUUGUAGAAAUCGGGAAUCCCAUUGUGCUCUACUGUGAGGUAUCAGACCCUGCAGCUCUGGUGCACUGGUACAAGAACGGGGUUGAAUUAAGAUCUGUGGAAGGUCUUCAUAUCCAAUCAGAGGGCACCAUGAGACGAAUUGUCAUCCAGUCAGCAGAGUUAUCACAUUCAGGAGUCUACUGCUGUGAUGCCAUUGAUGAUGUCAUCAGGUUCAAUGUGGAAGUAGAGGCCCCACCUGUGAGGUUUUCAGCACUCCCAGAUGCUGAGAGGAACAAAACCAUCCAAACAGGCUGCCCAAUUGUUUUACAAUGUGAGCUCUCAGAUCCAUCUGCCCAGGUGCACUGGUACAAAGAUGGAUCAAAACUCCAUUCUCAAAGUGGGGUAGAUAUCAUAUCCGAUGGCUUGAUGAGGAAUCUGAUUAUCCAUUCAGCAGAAGUUUCACACUCUGGCUUGUACUGCUGCAAGACAAAGGGUGACACCAUCACUUUCAAUGUGGACAUCAAAGCUCCACCUAUGAAGUUCUCAGCUAUUCCUGAAGAUAUGAGGACCAAGUCGAUUGAAGCAGGCUGCCCCGUUGUGCUACAGUGUGUGGUGUCGGAUCCCGAGGCCCGUGUGCUGUGGUACAAGGACGAAAUACAGCUCAUUUCAAGCUCUGGAUUAGAAAUCCACUCAGUGGGCAACACAAGGACAUUAGUUAUUCAGUCUGCAGAGCUGAGCCAUUCUGGUGUGUACAGAUGCACCACACAGGAUGAUACCGUGGAGUUUCAAGUGGAGAUCAAAGCUAUACCAGUGACGUACUCUACUAUCUUUGACGUUGAGAGAACCAAGUCACUCGAAGUGGGCAAACCUUUGGAGCUGGAAUGUGAGGUUGCAGACUCUACUGUGCCCGUCUACUGGUAUAAAGAUGGUAAAAAGCUCAUCCCACAGAAUGGUUGGGAUAUACAGAGUAAUGGCACAUCAAGGAAACUCAUUAUCCCAUCUGCUGAGCUCUUGCACUCAGGGCUAUACAGCUGUGAAACUUCUGAUGACACUAUCCACUUCACUGUGGAUGCUAAAGCUCCAACGUUGUCAUUGUCGCCUUCGCUGGAGGUUGUGGAGACACAGUUACUUGAAGCAACGUACCCCACUGAACCAGCCUGUGAAUCCUCAGACCCUGCUUUCCAGGUGUCAAAGCAGAGGGAUACAGAACCUGAUAGAGAGCCUGACAGAGAGCCUGAGUUUGAAAAUGGAGGCAUCAAGAACACCCUUGUUAUUGAACCAACUCAUCCUGCAAACUCUGGAGCAUACUAUUGUGCAACAGCAGAUGACGUUGCCAAAUUAAUAGUAAAAAAUCAAGUGCCACCUCCAACAUAUCUGCUUGAUCCUGAUGAUGCGAAGGCCAACUCUGCUGAAGCACACUGCUCAAUUGUUCAGCAAUUUGAGAUUUCAGAUCCCGUUGCCAAAGCCUGUUGGUACAAAGAUGGAACCCAGAUCUACCCCAAAAGGGAAACUGACAGUGAAUCCCAGAGAAGUAGUCAAAGCUUGCCCCUCCAGUUACAAUAUUCCUCUGGUGAUGUGAAGUUUGGCUGUGAAACAGCUCAUGAUGUACAGUUAAAUGAGGACAUAAAAGCAGAGCAGUGUCACUAUCGUGAUGAGAUUGGUGAGAUAGCUGAUGCAUCUACCCAAUACACAGUGGAUGGCAAAGCUACAUCGCCAAGGCUCUCUUCUGACCAAGAGAAGAGCAAGUCCACAGAGGAGGCUUAUCCUGUUGAAGUUAUCCGGGUGUCCUCAAAAUACAAUUCUGGGAUCUCCGGUGGCAAGGGUGGAGAUACUGAGACAUGUGAAGACCAUUCCAGUCAUACAACAACUUCUCAGUCAACAUAUGAAUAUAUGUUUGACUGCACUGCAUCUAAACAGCUGAACAAACUCUAUGAUGGUCAACAAAUGGAAAAAGCCGAAUGUCCAGUCUACCAUGACUCUGUAAACCCAAUAACAACUCAGUCUGACACACACCAUCACACUACACAGCUCAAAGAUACACAAGGUGAGGAAUUCAUUUACUAUGUACAGCAUACAGAAGCCCCAUCUGAAGAACCUGACAAUUCUUUGCAGGCAGCUGUUCUGACAGAUGAGUUUUGCAAGUUUUUUCAAAUUGCAACUGUUCAAUCAGAGGAAUCCACUUCCAAGAAUCUAACUUUCCAAUCAGAGGAGCUACAUAGCUUAGGACAGACACCAUCUGUCCAGUUAGAGCUAGGAAGCCUUCUACAGAAUUCAGCUACAACAUCAGAGCACAAAACUGACACCUUACAGAUUUCAGUCAAAUCAGACAGGAUCUCUGAGUCUUUCAAAACUGCAACUCCACAGUCAGAGGAUCCGAUUGAAUCCAUAAUCUCUGAAAGUUACAAAUCAGAGGAGCCCUUUAAAUCCUUACAGACUGUAGCUGUCAAAUCAGAGGAACCAUUUAAGUCAUUGCAGACUGCAGAUGUCCAGUCAGAGGGGGCCUUUAAUUCCAUGCAGAUCCCAACUGUCCUUUCAGAGAAGCCUUGUGAACGUUUACAAACUGAAACUGUCUAUUCAGAGGGGCCCGCUAACUCUUUAUGGACUGCAACUGACCAAUCAGAGGAGUUCAACAGACUCCUACAGAAAUCUGCUGAUCUGUCAGAGGGGCUCAGGGACUUCCCUAAAACAGCAUCCCUUCCAUCAGUGGAUUUUUCUAACCUUAAAGAGGUAAAAACUUUCCAACAGGAGCCAUACGACUUGCAGCAGUCUGCAUAUGUCAGAUUGGAUCAUCCCGAUAAUACAGGACAAGCAGUUUCCAACGAUUCCCUGUCCCUGCCAAGUCAGGAAGCAACAGUCCCCGCAGAGUUUUAUCGCAUCCUGGAGACCACGGAAGAACACGUAGACAUCACAGUUAACUCUGGGAAAAGACAUUUGACCAACUAUGCAGAGCCUUGCAAUAUCAAGCAGACAGCAACUGUCGAAUCAGAAGAGCUCUACCUCUCAGGGACACAUGAUGAUUACUGGAGUGACAGUGUCACUGCAAAUAAGGUGGCUGUUGAAGGUGAUUUAAACGCUCCGCCUGUGAGAAUUACAAGACUUUGUGAGGCCGAAAGGAACAAGUCUGUUGAAGCUGGUGAACCCCUAACGCUGCAGUGUGAGAUAUCAGAUCCUAAUGGUGAAGUUACUUGGUACAAGGACGGAAUAAAACUUCUUGAAGCAGCUGGGCAAGACAUGCUGGCAGAUGGUUCUAUAAGAACACUGACCUUCCGAUCUGCGACACUGUCUCAUGCAGGGAUUUACAGCUGCAAGACUACAGAUGAUGCAGUGCAGUUUCAUGUGGAUGUUAAAGCUCCACCUCUGACAUUUUCAGCAAUGUCUGAGGUUGACCAGAAAAUGACAGUCAUAGCAGGCUAUCCCAUUGCUCUACAAUGUGAACUGUCAGACCCCACUGGACAAGUCAGUUGGUACAAGGAUGGAACAAAGCUCCUACCUCAUAGUGGAGUAGACAUCCAGUCAGAGGGAAAUUUGAGGAGUCUAGUUGUCUCAUCAGCCGAGCGGGCUCACACGGGUGUAUACCGUUGCGAAUCAAAGGAUGAUGACAUCCAGUUCACUGUGGAUGUAAAAGCCCUACCUGUGAAGUUCUCAGAGCUCCAAGAGAAUGACCGGAACAAGUCCGUUGAAGAAGGCGCUCCCAUUGUCCUGAGAUGCGAACUCUCUCAUGAUCCCUCUGCUCAUGUCGACUGGUUUAAAGAUGGGGUAAAAGUCCUGCCACAAAACAAUGUGGAAGUACAGUCAGAUGGACUGACAAGGACACUGCUCAUCCCUUCAGCUGAAGGUGCGGAUGCUGGUACCUAUGAAUGUUCAACAAAAGAUGACACUGUGACUUUUAAAGUGGAUGUAAAAGGCCGAUCGUCACAGAUCAUGCCACUCCCACUGUCAGAAAAAUACAAGCUGAUUGCAGCUGGUUGUCCGAUUAUCCUCCAGUGUGAGGUCUCAGACCCUGUUGCCCAGGUUUCCUGGUUUAAAGAUGAUUUGGAGCUAUUCUGCAAAACUGGGCUUGAUAUGAAAAGAGAUGGCAACUUCAGAAAAUUGAUGAUUCACUCUGCUAAAGUCUCUGACUCUGGUCUCUACAGCUGUAAACUUGCAGAUGACACUGUGACAUUCCAUGUGGACGUCGAAGCUACUCCUGUGAGGUUUUCAGCGCUUCCAGAGGUUGCGAGAAACAAAUUUGUUGAAGCAGGCUGCCCAAUUAAGCUGCAGUGUGAAGUCUCAGAGCCAACUGCCCAAGUCUAUUGGAACAAAGAUGGAGAACAGCUACUUCCAGAGAGUGAAUAUGAAAUCCAAGCUAAAGAAAAACUGAGAGCACUGGUCAUUCAGUCAGCAGAAGUCAGACACUCUGGGAUGUACAGCUGUGAGGCCGCAGAUGACCAUAUAGAAUUCAAGGUGGAUGUUGCAGCUGUUCCAGAGGCUGAGAGGAGCAAUCCUCUUGAAGCAGGCGGACUGAUAAAACCACAGUGCGAGAUCUCACAUUCUCCAAUCCAGACCUGCUUGAAUGAGGAUGGAAUAAAACUCUUGCCAGAAUCGGAACUAAACGUUGAUUCAGAGAGCAAAAAGAGGACACUGGUUAUGAAAUCGGCCACAUCUUCAUGCUCUGGCGUGUACAAUUGUAAAACUGAUGAUGAUUCAGAGUUCAACGAUUUCUGUGUGGAGGUGAAAGCACCACCGGUAACGUUUGCUGAUAUCCCAGAGAGGGACCUUUUCCAGAGUGUUGUGGAACAUGAACAGCUUGUUCUGUCAUGUGAAGUAUCAAGGUCUGAUGGCGUUGUCAAAUGGUACAAAGACGGAACUGAAAUGCAACCAGCCAAUAAUGUUACAAUCCAAGCAGAAGGCACCAAAAGAAAGCUGAUUAUACAUUCAGCCCAACUGUCCGACACAGCUACAUACACAUGCCGUGUAGGAGACAACGUUUUAGUCUUCAAAGUUAACAUACGAGAACCUCCUGUGACGAUAAUCUAUCCCAAGGAGGAUGUCCACCUUGACCGUCAUGUCCCCGAUGAAAUUAUUCUGAGCUGUGAACUGUCUCGUGCCAGCGGUGUGGUCAGCUGGUAUAAAGACGGUCAAAAGCUUCAAGAGAGUGAGAACAUCAAGCUCAAGGUAGAAGGGCCUUAUCGACGACUUAAGAUACUAUCUAGUGGAGUAGAGGAUUCUGGAGAAUACGUCUGUGAUACAGCUGACGAUUCAAUAUUCUUUCACCUAAAUAUCACAGAACCUCCAGUGAAGAUUGUAUCCCCGAGUCAGUCAGAAAUGGAACUGUGUCAGCAGACCUCUGAGAGGAUGGUACUAAGCUGUGAGAUCUCACGGCCCAAUGCAAUGGUACGCUGGUAUCGUGAUGGACUCGAGGUGGAGGAGAACGACAAUCUCAUUCUGGAGGUGGAUGGUGUCUACAGAAGACUUAUUAUACCUGAAACCACCGUCAAAGAUUCAGCAGAAUAUGUAUGCGACACAGCGGAUGACUCCAAGACAUUCUUUGUAAACAUAGCAGAGCCUCCUGUUCGCUUCAUUCGUCCUCGGAAGAUGGCAAGUAGAGUAGAGAAAAUGGCCGGGGAGACUCUAGUUCUAGACUGCGAGGUUUCAAGAUCAAAUGCUGAAGUCACUUGGAAGAAGAAUGGGGAAGAAGUCGAAGACUCUAGAAACAUCACAAUCCUUGAAGAUGGCGUCAUCCGUCAGUUGACCAUUCACUCUCUGACAGUGGAAGAUGCUGGGCAAUAUGUCUGCGACGCAAAAGACGAUGUAAUGGAUUUCAGUGUGAUAGUGCAAGAAUUACCUGUAAAAAUUCUUGGAAAAACAGAUGCAAAAACAGAAAAACAGUUCUUAGUAUCAGAUGACAUUAUUCUUGUAUGUGAACUCUCAAGAGCCAAUGCCUCAGUCAGCUGGUAUAAAGAUAACAAGCUUAUUGAUGACAAUGAGCGAUACUGCAUCGAAGAGCAAGGUGUUUUCCGAUCUCUGGUUGUCCUAAAUGCUGGGUUUGAAGAUUCAGGGGAAUAUACCUGUGAUGCUGUGGAUGAUAAAAUGGUCUUCUAUAUCACUGUCAAAGAGCCUCCUGUGCAGAUCAUUGGAAAUGCAGGCCACCCAGAGCAUCAUAUACUGGUAGCAGGAGAUGAUCUUAUUUUGGAGUGUGAAGUGUCUCGGCCAAACGCCACAGUUGAGUGGUUAUGGAACGGCAAGAUAUUGAAACCAGAUACUCGUGUAAAAAUUGACAGCUAUGACGUUGUGAGGAAGCUUGUUCUCUUUGGACUUCAGCCCUCGGACUCUGGAGAAUACAUUUGCGAUGCCCUCGAUGACAAAUUGAUAACAAUUGUAGAGGUCCAAGAGCCGCCAGCCAAGUUUCUGAAUAAAAAAGCAAACAGCAUCACAGCCUAUGAAAAUGAGAGCGUCACACUGUGUGCCAUUGUGAGCCAUGAAAGAGCAAAUGUUCGGUGGCUGAAAGAUGGCCAACUAUUGAACGAGGAGAACAUUCACAUCUCCAGUGUGGGUAAUACCCACAAGCUCACCAUUAAUCCUCUGCAGCUGUCUGAUUCUGGAGAAUAUGUCUGUGAUGUAAAGACAGAUGAGAUGUAUUUCAGUCUUUUAGUCAAAGAAAUGAAGGUUAAAUUUAUCAGACAGUUGGAGAAUAUCAAGGCUCCAAAGGGAACCCGCCUUACGUUACAAUGUGAGAUCAACAAGCCAAAAGGAGACGUUCAGUGGCUAAAAAAUGGCCACGAGAUCUCUCCUAGCCGUCGGCACACAAUCAGGGCUCAAGGUAGAGAGCGGAGCUUUACCAUCCACCAAGUAAUGGAGGAAGACGGUGGAGAAUAUGUCUGUGAAUCCACAGAUGACAGGACUUCAGCCACUGUCACUGUAGAAACCCCCCGUAUUAUUGAGUUCAUAGCAGAGCUUCGUAAUGUCAUCAUCUGUGAAGGAGAAGAUGCCGUUUUUAAGUGUGUGGUUUCACCGGAGGACACCAAGUUGGUGUGGCACUUAAACGGCAAGCAAGUAGCCCUGAACGAGCGCACUGUGGUUUCCAGCAAUGGGCUAUGCCACAUGCUCUGCAUCAACAACUGCAUGGUUUCAGAUAGCGGCAGAGUGACAGCUGAUGCAGAGGGGUUGAUUUCAGAGGCAGAACUACAGGUUCAAGAGCAACAGGUGCUGUUCAGUAAGAAAAUGACACCAGUUGUAGCUGAAGAAUACAGUGAAGCAACUCUAGAAGUGGAGGUGAGUGUGGAUUCGGGAGAGGUGCGGUGGAUGAGGCAAGGGGUGCUAAUCCACCCUGGGGCCAAGUAUACCCUGAAGCACAAGGGCCGCAAACACAGUCUCACCCUCCACAAAGUGUCAAUGUCUGACCGGGGCACCUACAGCUGUGAAACCCUUCAUGACCGCACACAAGCCCAGCUCACAGUGGAACCUCGAAAAAUCACAAUCAAGAGGGGACUGAGUGACAUUAAAACCACAGAGAGGGAAACAGCUUCUUUCGAGGUAGAGGUGUCCCAUCCCAAUGUCCCGGGCACAUGGAUGAGAAACGGACUCAAGCUUAAGCCAACUAAUCACUUCCGUAUGAGCGCAAAAGGACAAGUCCACAGCCUUACUAUCUCUAACCUGUCAGUAGAAGACACUGGCACCUUUGUGUUCUGCAUAGAGAAUCUGAAGACCUCUGCAAGGCUUGUUGUAAAGGAGCCCCCAGUGACCAUUUUCAGAAAACUGGACAACCAGAGGUUCCCUGAAGGGGCAGUAAUCUCCAUCGAGUGUGAGCUGUCAAGACACAACGUGGAUGUGAAAUGGAUGAAGGACGGGGCUGAGGUGAAGACCAGCAAAGACUUGCGCAUUUAUGCAAUGGGAAGGAAGCGGUUUCUCCAGAUCAUGAAAUGCCAAGUCAGUGAUUCUGGCGUGUAUACCUGCGAUGCAGGAGAUGCAGCUACAUCCUGCACUGUGGAAGUCUAUGAGCGUGAGCUGGUGAUCCUCCAGGGCCUUGAGGACCUGGACAUCCAGGAGGAUGAAAACGCCGUGUUUGUUUGUGAGAUCUCAGUGGAGGAUGUGCCGGGGGAAUGGUACAAAAAUGGGGAGCGGAUACAGCCCACCAGCACCAUUAAGAUCCGCCAGGAAGGGACAAAACAUUUUCUUCUCAUGUGCAACGUGCGAGCAGAGGACUCUGGAGAGAUUAAAUUUGUGGCGAGGCACAUUGAAUCUGUUGCUUACUUGGAGGUGGAAGAGCUUCCAGUCAGUAUUGUAAAACCUCUGCAAGACAAGACGGCCCUUGAGAAGAGCCGUGUGAUCUUGGACUGCACAGUGUCCAACCCCAGAUGUAGCAUCCGCUGGUACAAAGGCAGCAAUGUCAUCCUGCCCUCUGAACGCUUCGAGAUCUGCAGCGAAGGAUGUUAUCGCAAGCUGAUCAUCCAGCAGGUGGCGCUAGAUGAUGAGGGCACAUACAGUGUGCAGGUUGGAGAUUAUACUUGCUCUGCAAAACUGACAGUGGAGGCCCUGUCUUUAUUGUUGGUCCGAGAGCUUAAAGAUGUGGAAGUCAUGGCUCCUGAUGAGGCCUGCUUUGAAUGUGAGGUCUCAGCUCCUGUCUUCAAAUCCCCCGUGUGGACUCUGAAUGGGGAGCCUUUGCAGCCGAGCUCUCGGGUACGCCUGGAGAAGAUGGGCACAGUGCACAGGUUGACUCUCAGGCAGACCUCUCCGGAAAUGAAUGGCGUGGUAGAGUUCACAGCUGGGAAAACAAAGAGCAAAGCCCAGCUGCGGAUAGUGAUCACUGAGUGAAAUCCCUGCUCUGCAAUCACCUUGAUGUGGCUUAAUUAUUAUACUGGUGGCUCAAAAUGUACCACUGAAAUUGCUUAUAUAUUUAAAUACAGUCUGUAAACGUGGCUUAAACAGGGUUGUGAUGGAUUUUCAUGCAGUUCAUUUAAUCAUGUCAUCAUUUUAAUGACAACAUUUGCCAGCAUGUGAGAACAUUUACAAAGAGUUUUUUGUUGUUAUAUAAAACUGCAGUUUCGUUGUAAAUAAUGUCCAAUGUGAAAGUGGUUUGACUGGGUUAACUGGGUUAUGAAAGCUUAAGAUGAAUGUGUAUUUGUGCCAAAUAAAUUAGAAUGAAAUGAAAUAAAAAUCUGAUUAAAAUCCUCUAACUUAAAGUCUCUGGUUAGUUCCUUUAAGCAUCAUUAGUGUUAAAGUAACCCAACAACAGCAACUCGAAAGAGAUUUGGAAUAUAAUGUAUGUAAAGCAAAAAUUAAAACUUUCAAUGUGUGUCUGUAUACACACAUUGGUAGGCCUUUUCCAUUAGAAAACUAACAUUAUACAUUAAUUUUAGGUUCCCCUUAUUUUAUUACAGCAUGUUUUUGUGUGUAUGUUGUGGCAGAGACUUUUACUUUUGGUUUAGAAAACAGAAACACCAGAAUGAAGUAUGAGAACAGACUGCAUAUAAAAGAUGGACUUACCCAACAUGAUGUAACCCACUGGCAGAGGUGGCAAAAGUACUCACAUUCAUCACUUAAGCAGAAGUACAGAUACUUGUGUUAAAAAUUCCCUGAUGAAAGUUCAACUACUGAUUCAGCUUCUUUACUUAAGUAAAAGUGAAAACAUUACAGGCUCUGAAAUGUACCCAAAUAUGAAAGCAAAAAGUAGCUUCUCAGGUGACAUUUCUGCUAGCUAUUUUGUGUAAAGCUAACAGAACUCCAUUAAUAAUAUAAUAAAAUAAUAUUAAUGAAAUAAGAGCAUGUACCCAAUGUACUCAGUUUGAAAAUCUGCAUGUAGAGCCUAAACAAAGAAAAACAAAGGGAAUUAAAAAAUAAUAAAAUACUUCCACACCUUAACAGUCAUUUGUUAAAGUGGGAUUUGGCAGGUGGAUGAACCCUAGGAUUGGUUGGAGUAGUGCACGGUACAGUGAAUCAUCAGCUUAAAUUCAUGCCUGUUACUCUGUUACACUGACCAAGCAGAUCAUGGCUGCUCUGCACUGUUCCAACAUAGUCUAUUACUUUCAACUUCACCACAGUCCUUUUACUAACCAGCAUGGCCCUCGCUAAACUUUGAAAUACACAAAGUUACUAUACUUUAAUGUCUUGUACAGGACAUUUCACAAAAAGAUAAUUCAGGAAAACAUCGUGUAUGAGAUGGUACACGAUGUAUCCAUGAUAUACAUGAUGGACAUGUCCACGAAUCCAUCUCUGGGUGAGUUAUCUGAAGCAGGUGUAGCUUUAACUAGCAGACGCGUUGAAGUCCAAAGUUUGUGCUUUUGCUGAUAUUUGUUGGACUGUUGGAAAUGCUGCUUUUUAAAUUACCUGCCACUUAACAAAACCAAACAUUGCUCCCCUUAUGCCCGUUACUCUUCAGCACUUAUGAACAUCUGCACCAUGAAUGUCCACGUUAACCCGUGACUGUGGGUUUCUGCUUAUUUUGCCUUUUUCUCUCUUUAUCUCUUUUUGCACAAUAAGCAUUGGUGAUGGAUUCUCCAAUUUACUUGUUAUGUAAACUGGCUUAAUGUUUUAAAGCGUGCAGUAGGAAAUAAGUAAGAAAUAAUGACUCCCCACACCUAAAUAACGAGCCUGUUUUGAAAAUGGAAGGAGUAGAAAAUACAUUAAAUGUAAAAAGUCAUCAGAAAAAUAAAUACUCAAAAGCACAAAUAUCUGAAAAUUUGACUUAAGUACAGUAACAGUAAUUGCAUUUAGUCAUUUCCCGCCUCUGGAACUGGUCUGAAAAGUGAGAGGUCAUUAGCCAAUGAGAAUACUGUGUUUUAUCUUAUAUUCGAGCCAUAACAACUAUAAUUUAGUACUGUAUUCAAUAUGCUCUAAAUCAAGCAGUUGAUUCAGCCAAUCAGGAAAAUGUUGAGUCACAUAGGAAGGAAUUUGAGGACUUCUGAGGACACUUAAGACUUUUAUAGAUCCAUAACUCUUUCUGCAAUCAGAGUAGCCGCCGCGCGGUAAAACAUUAAAAAUACUUCUUCAUACCUGAAAGUCCAUUGAACGCCCAUCUUUUAUAUGCAGUUUAUGGGUAUGACCAGUUGGUUUUUGUGUCAGCGCAAUAAAUGUUUCCAUCAUUGGUUCAUUGUAAAGAAAUUUUUUUUUUUUUUUUUUUUAAAGGUUUUCAUGGAAACUUUGAAUAAAGAGCUUUCUGUCUUGCAGCAAACGGCUUGUAAUGUAAAUAUACUGGGCCAAAAUGAAAGAAAGAAAAACAUCUGAUCACCUUGACUGAUGAUCAGGGCAUGCUUGAUUUACCAAAUGGUUUUAUCGUGUGGGUAUUGCGUUUGUCGAGUGGAGAACGAUUGCCGUUUUCAUAUCAAACCUGUUCCAUAUUCCAUUUUUUCCUUUCGACUUGAUCUUAUAUGUUAUGUUGAGUGUGAGGAAUGUGAAGUCAAGUACUGUAGUGAAAUAUGACCGUUUCAAUAAAACAUGCUUUAUUGAUGGAAGGUGAAAGUAUCUCGUCUUUUUUCCCCAGUGUUGACUGUUAUUAGCUGCAGUUGAAGGAACGUGCUCAUUUAAACCAGCUUCUUUACUUGAGACGAGUCAUCUUGUUGCAUAUGUUCCAAAAGAUAAAUGAAUACUUCAAGACAGAUUACAGUUUUUCUUUUGUUUAAAGUAAAACUAAUAGAGAUAAACUAAUGCAAUCACUCUGAAAUCCUCACACACAAAUACAAAAUCGGGAUUUGAGCACAUGCGGCAAAUUCCCCUCAAAUCAAACUGAAUAUACAGAUCGAUAAGGUCGUACACGCCACAUUCAAGUUUACUGACAGUAGGCAUCAAAGUCAAAUCAAACUUUUCCAAGACAGCAUCAAAUAUUACAUUACUGAUGGCCAACACAAGUGAUAACUCAGAAAAACAUUAAAACUAGAUGACAAUAAAAUCCUGAUAAACGUAUAUACAAAAAAAAAAAA